GGUAAUUUGAAAAUUUUCGUAACAUUCGGUAGUUUGUUCCUUUUCCUACUUUUCCCUACUGCAAUAUGUGUUAACAUUAUAAUUAUCAACACAGGCUUAGUAAUUGUAUCAAAUUUAAGCUAUGGCUGAUCGUAAUCGUUUUGAAAUUUUGGAAGAAAACAUUGAAUGUAUCAUUGAUCAUUGCAGAGAGGCGGGUAUUGUUGUGUGUGAUUACCAACCAAGUGUUUCAUUUCAAAAGAAGAUAAACGAUUUAGUUUAUAAGUUACAGGAUGUCGAUCGAAUGCAAGUGGAAAUGCAAGAUGUGCACGUCCCAAUCGAGUUAUUUUCUAAAAUCGAUUCUGGUCAAAAUCCUCAACUCUAUACACGAGAGUGUAUGGAACAAGCAUUAGCUAAGAAUGAAGCAGUUCGUGGAAAGUUGGACAGUCUUCGUCGUUUCCGAGCUCUACUUAUGUAUGAAUUAUGUCGUACUUUUCCAAAUGAAAUGGCUAAAUAUCGUGCUGUACGUGGUGAUCCUGAUGCGCCACCUGUAGUCGUUGGGCCUACAAUGUCCAGCAACACGCAGUCAAAUGGAUCGGGUACAGAAACUGGUCCCGAGUCAGUCCCACUUCGGUAGCAUUAUUCGGAUGUGAGAGCAAUAUAUAUAUAUAUUUUUUAUUUUGGAACAAAACAAGAAGACAUCUUCAUAUUUUCCUCUAAUGUACAUAACUUUGUAUAUAAAAAAAAUUUUAACCAAUGACCGUGAAUUUUUGUGGGUCAAAAAUAAUAAGCGUUAAGUGGUGUAAAUAUGUUAGUAAU